AUCAUCGGGAUGGAUUUUGGGUCCUUGGAGACUGUUGUGGCCAACUCUGCCUUCAUUGCUGCCCGUGGCAGCUUUGACGGAAGCAGCACCCCCUCUUCCCGGGACAAGAAGUAUCUGGCCAAGCUCCGGUUACCCCCACUGUCCAAGUGCGAGAGUCUCCGUGACAGUCUCAGCUUGGAGUUUGACAGCCUGUGCUCAGAGCAGCCCAUUGGCAAGAGGCUCUUCCAGCAGUUCCUGAAGACAGAUGAGAGACACGUGCCGGCUCUGGAGCUCUGGAAGGACAUUGAGGACUACGACACAGCCGACGGUGACCUGCGGCCUCAGAAGGCACAGGCCAUCCUGGCUGAGUACUUGGACCCACAGGCCACACACUUCUGUAGCUUUCUGGACCAGGGCAUGGUGGCAAAGGUGAGGGAAGGGCCCCCUGGGAGCCAGGAUGGCCUCUUCCAGCCUGUGCUGCAGGCUACCCUGGAUCACCUGAGGCAGGCCCCCUUUCAGGAGUACCUCGAAAGCCUCUACUUCCUGCGGUUCCUCCAGUGGAAAUGGCUGGAAGCCCAGCCCAUAGGUGAAGACUGGUUCUUGGACUUCAGGGUUCUGGGGAAAGGGGGCUUUGGGGAGGUGUCCGCCUGCCAAAUGAAGGCCACUGGCAAGAUGUAUGCCUGCAAGAAGCUCAACAAGAAGCGGCUGAAGAAAAGGAAGGGCUACCAGGGUGCCAUAGUUGAGAAGAGGAUCCUGACCAAGGUGCACAGUAGGUUCAUUGUGUCUCUGGCCUACGCAUUCGAGACCAAGACUGACCUCUGUCUGGUGAUGACCAUCAUGAAUGGAGGUGACAUAAGGUACCACAUCUACAAUGUGGAUGAGGAGAACCCAGGCUUCCCAGAACCACGUGCCAUCUACUACACAGCGCAGAUCAUCAGUGGCCUGGAGCACCUGCAUCAGAGACGCAUCGUCUACCGCGACCUCAAGCCAGAGAACGUGCUGCUGGACAAUGACGGCAAUAUCCGAAUUUCUGACCUUGGGUUGGCUGUGGAGCUGAAGGAAGGGCAGGAUAAGACCAAGGGCUAUGCAGGGACCCCAGGUUUCAUGGCCCCGGAGCUCCUUCGUGGGGAAGAAUAUGACUUCUCUGUGGACUACUUUGCCCUGGGGGUCACGUUGUAUGAGAUGAUUGCAGCUAGAGGACCCUUCCGAGCCCGAGGAGAGAAGGUGGAGAACAAGGAACUCAAGCAGCGCAUCAUCUCAGAGCCCGUGAAGUACCCAGACAAGUUCAGCCAGGCCAGCAAAGACUUCUGCGAGGCCCUGCUGGAGAAGGACCCAGAGAAGCGCCUGGGCUUCCGGGAUGGGACCUGUGACGCACUGAGGGCAAACAUCCUCUUCAAAGACAUCAGCUGGAGGCAGCUUGAAGCCGGAAUGCUGAUCCCUCCGUUCAUCCCAGACUCUAGGACUGUCUAUGCCAAGAACAUACAGGACGUGGGUGCCUUUUCCACAGUCAAGGGUGUAGUUUUUGAUAAAGCCGACGCAGAGUUCUUCCAAGAAUUUGCCUCUGGCAACUGCCCCAUUCCCUGGCAGGAGGAGAUGAUUGAGACUGGCAUUUUUGGGGACCUGAAUGUGUGGCGCCCAGAUGGUGAAAUGCCAGAUGAUAUGAAGGGAAUCAACGUGGAGGAGGCAGCUCCUACAGCCAAGUCGGGAAUGUGUCUCAUCUCUUAGCCAAGUGUCCGAGGAGAGCACGGAGCUGCCUGUGUGCAGAGAGGAAAUUGUACCGAGGCUCAUGGGAAAAAUGCGACCCUGGUGUCAGCCCGUGCUCACUCCACCUGGGUCACCAUGCAACUGUGUUUCCUUGUGGAGCAAGCGAGACUUUCUGUCUAUACCCUACAGACAUGGCAGACUGACUCUUUUGUCCUAUUUCAUCCAGAAGAUACAAAAAAAGCCACCACAGAUUGAACAGCAAGGUACAACUUCUCAAAGAACCUCCGCGUAUGGACGUGCGGCCAGGAGCUUGGAUGCUCAGAACCCCACGUUCAGCAUGGAUCUUCCAGUACAUUUCAGGGCAGGCCUGUUUGCUCCUGGUCAGUUCAGGGUUAUAGGCACUCAUGCACCCCAAAGAGGGCUGUACUCUGGGGGUCCACCCUGAACCUCUCCUUGCCUGUUUCCUGCCUCUUCAGCUGCCUUUACUGGGUCUCCACCUGCUCCACGAACCCCAGUUUGGAGCUAGUGAAUCUUCAGGGAGUAGAAAGGCUAAAGGACCUGGUCUUAGCUGAGAGUCAUUGCUUCCUCUCAAGAAUGGAGACAGCUACCUCAGACGGCUACGGUCUCUGUUCUCAGUCAACACCUCAUAUGGUAUAUACUCAAAUCGUCAUAGUCAUGUCACAUGUGGUAGGGAGCCCAAGUCUUUACAUGUUAAUGUCAUGUGUGAUGUAUGGCUGAGUCUUCACACCGUCAUUACACCUGUAGUGGGUGUCAUGUUCCUGGGCCAUAUUUGUGCCACCACUCCCUCCUUGUUUAUGAGGGAAGGUGAUCUACAUGUACCCGGUCAUUUUGGAAGACUGCUGGAUAAAGCCAGCACUGGAUGGCAACACUGAACCAGCAUCAUGAACAAGCAUGUCACCAAUAAACUCCAGGCCAGCUGCACUGUGGAGGAUUCCAGAUGUUGCUAUAGAUGCGCCUAGCACACAUGAUAUCCUGGGGACUAAUGCUAGAUGCUGAAGAAGUCUGUGCCAGGAUUCUGCUCUUCUCGGAGAAUCUGACACUGGAAUUGUGGGGUGCUCUGGAAGGGCUUUUGGGGUUGUCUGUGCCCAUACCUUCUGGAUCAUGGCCUGGAGCCUCCUGGAACCCGGUAGUCCUGUGGCUGACUAGUGCUGAGUGCUGUAGAUAUGUAGAUGUGUAGAUGUGAAUCCUCCACCAUCCCCCUCACUCCAUCCUGUAGGGCAUCUCAUAUGUAUCAAGGGCUCGUGCAUAUUUUAUUUCAUUAUGUUCCAGAGCUCAUUUAACAUGCUCCUGGCUGAAGACCCUGGCACUUUGGAUGUCUUAUCCUCAUCUUCACUGGGGCGGAGGAGUGGAAAAGGGUGGGUUUCUGCAGCCACAGCAGAUUCUGGGGAGGCCUAGUCCUUGGUACACUAUCAUCCCAGUUUGGCCUGCCCAGAGCUCAUGGAUCUGACGGUGGAACCUGUGUGACUUCACGGGCUCCAUCCUAGGUCCUCCCUCACCCUGCACUACAGACAGCAGAGCAAGACAUGCAGUCCAGUUUAAAUUUCAGACAAACAGCGAACACUUUCCCAGGGUAAGUAUGUCCCAGCAGUAUUUGGGACAUACUUCCACCAAAACUUCAUAGUUUGUCUGGAAUUCAUGUUUAACUGGAUGUUCUGUAGGUCUUUUUAAAAAUCUAAAUCUAGCCAGCCUAUUGCAGACCCAUCAACAAGCAGGGAUGAAAUUCGGAGCAAUGCUGCUUUGCUUUUCCGUGUCUCUUGGUCAGGGGAGGGCUCUUCUCACUCGGGCCUGCUCACAUAUGUAAGCUUGAGUGUUCCUCAAAGAGACACAUUUGAAGGCUCAGUUAGUGAGCACAGACACCCAGCAGCCAUGUUCUUGGUUGUACACACAGGGCACUGCUAGCUUCACCAGAGGGGCGGUGCUGAGUGGAGAAGGGUGAAUUGCUUGCUCUGUACUCUCUGGGUAGAGACUUUAGCCAACUCCUCUUCCUAGAGGUUUCUUUGACCAGUGUAAGGGACUUCCACCGUAGGUGUUCUCUCAGGUACAGUAACUUUCAGCCUAGAGAGCUCCCCCAUUCCCAUGGUCCCUCCUUACCCCUAGAGCUUAUAAACUCCUAGGUCCUAGAGCUCAGGUCUUGCCUGGACACUGAUCCCAGGGAGCUGCAGGUCACCCUCUGCGAUUCUGACAGUUGCCAGGCUACCUUGGCUCUAACCUCCUAGAAGACAGCAGAAGAUCCUUACUAGUUGUAGGAGGUCACGGACGCUGAUAUACAGGCCAGGGAAAGGAAAGGACCUUUCUAUCCUCAAGAUGAGGAGACAUCCCUAGGACCGGAAGCCCACCUGGAAGCCCUGUGAGAUAUAGAUUGUCUUGUACCCAGGUCACUAACACGCUGAGAACUGUUUCACUUUUGGCUACUCAGAGAUCUAUCACUGUGGUGACAUUCAUUCUGCAACGAACUCUCAUAAUUCUUCACUCUCGGGAAGUUAGAGGUGGAGGAGACACCUGAGACUAGACAGAGAGGACUCUGGGAGUUGGAGGUCAUCUGGAGAAGGGCAGGAUCCUACUAUGAGCAGUAGGGUCACGUCAACUUUUACAGUGUUGUAUUCAAACUGGGUUUGGACUUUAUUUUUUAUGGACUUUAUUGAUAAUUAUAGAAAUAAUUAUCAAGGAUGGUGACAUUCUAUAGCAGGCCCUGAAACUCUUUCCAAACUCAAAGUCAUAUCACAAGAGGUCUGGGAGGCUCAGUGCCCAAGUCUCUGGCUAUGGUUUGAUGGAGGUUUAGCAUGUGCCCAAAGCUCUGUGUUUUGGAAGUUGUACCUCUUGUGAGGUAUUGUAUGGAACCUUUAAGAGGUGAGCAUAGGAGCUGGUCUUUGGGGCAGUGCUUUGGAAAGGCUUGGCUAUUUCUGUGGAUUUCUGUCUGGGCUGUAAGAGAGUGGGUUCCACUGCAGAUGUGAGUCUAACCUCUGAGCCCCAUGGCUACCGGUCUGUCUACAUUUUCUUUCGCAGCUGUGUGUGCUUUCAGUGAGUCCAUUGUGCCAUCACCAGAGGUCAAACAAAUGGGGUCACUCAUCUUGGCUUUGCAGCUUCCAAACUGGGUUAAAUAAACUUCCUCACAAAUUACCCUCUCUGUGGUAUUUUGCUAUAGCAAUGGAAAGUGAACAAACUGUUAACUUUAGAAUUUUACAUCGAUACAAAGUAGACUUUGGCUCUAGACAAGAUGGUACACACACACACACACACACACACACACACACACACACAGACACUGUGGUGGUUUGAAUAGGGUUGGCCCCCACAUGUGAAUGGCCUCCAUUCAUAUAUUUGGAUGUUUGUUCAUUAGGGAGUGGAGUUACUUGACAAGGAUUAGGAGGUGUGGCCUUGUUGGAGUAGGUGUGAUCUUGUU